CGGCAGCCAGCCUCGCUCGCGUGCGCGCACACGCCCUGUGCAAACUUUCCGGCCAGGCGGAGAAGUUCCUCUUUCUGCAGCGCCGCCGAGCCGAGCCGAGCCGCCCCGGGUCCCCGGGAGGACCGAGCGAGGCACGGCAGGAAGCCUCCCUGCGCGGCGCUCCGAGCCCCUCCGCCCCGACAGCAGCAGCGGGCCCCGGGUCGGGAGGAGAGCGCCCUCGCCGCCCGACCGCUCCAGGCAGGAGCAGCCGUCCCGGCCAGGGCAAGCCAAGGAGCCGGUCGGCCGGGGCGCCGCCGGGCUACGCGGCGGGAUGCAGCCCCUCCGGGUGCGGAGCCGCCGCCGCCGCCGCCGCCUCCCGGAGCUGCUGCUGCUGCUGCUGGCGGUGCUGCCAGCCCUCGCCGGAGGUUUGCGGUGCACCCAGCCUUCUGAAUCCUGCCUGAAUGAAGGAAAGUGUGAAACCUACCAAAAUGGAACAGGGGUGUGCUUAUGCCCCAAUGACUUCGUUGGCCAUCGGUGCCAGUUUCCGAACCCAUGCCUCAGCUCCCCCUGUAAGAAUGCUGGCACCUGUCACCCCAUGGUUGACGGCAACACCGCCGAUUACAGCUGCUUGUGCCACCUGGGCUUCAACGAUAAGCUGUGCCUGACGCCUGUGGAGAACGCCUGCCUGAGCGGCCCCUGUCGCAACGGAGGGAGUUGUGAUCUUGUCUCCUUGUCUGAGUACACGUGCCGCUGCCCUCCAGGCUGGUCAGGGAAGACGUGUCAGCAGGCCGACCCCUGUGCAUCCAAUCCUUGUGCCAACGGUGGCCAGUGCGUGCCAUUUGAAUCCAGCUAUGUGUGCAGGUGCCCACAGGGCUUCCAUGGGGCCACCUGCAAGGAGGACUUGAACGAGUGCAGCCGGACACCCCCCAUCUGCAAGAAUGGCGGGACCUGUGUCAACGAGAUUGGCUCCUAUCAGUGCCACUGCAGGCAGGCCUACACGGGCCCCAACUGCGAACACCUCUACGUGCCCUGCAACCCCUCGCCUUGCCAGAACGGGGGCACGUGCCAGCAGACCGGAGACGUUGCCUACGAGUGCACCUGCCUUGCAGGCUUUGCAGGCCAGAAUUGUGAAGAAAAUGUUGACGAUUGUCCGGGAAACAGCUGCAAGAACGGAGGGACCUGCGUGGACGGGGUGAACACCUACAACUGUCAGUGCCCACCUGAAUGGACAGGCCAGUAUUGUGCCGAAGAUGUGGAUGAAUGUCAGUUGAUUCCCAACGCUUGCCAGAACGGUGGCACCUGCCACAACACCCACGGUGGCUACAACUGCGUCUGUGUCAAUGGUUGGACUGGUGAGGACUGCAGCGAGAACAUUGAUGACUGUGCCAGUGCAGCUUGCUUUGCAGGGGCCACUUGCCACGACCGGGUGGCCUCCUUCUAUUGCGAAUGCCCACACGGGCGGACAGGUCUGCUCUGCCACCUUGACGAUGCCUGCAUCAGCAGCCCUUGCAACGAAGGGGCCAACUGCGACACCAACCCAGUCACCGGGAGGGCCAUCUGCACCUGCCCAUCCGGGUACACGGGGCCAGCCUGCAACCAGGACGUGGACGAAUGCCUGCUGGGUGCCAAUCCCUGUGAACACGCUGGCAAGUGCAUCAACACGGAGGGCUCCUUCCAGUGCCAGUGCCAGACAGGCUACUCCGGCCCCCGCUGCGAGAUCGACGUGAACGAGUGCUCCUCCAACCCGUGCCAGAACGAUGCCACCUGCUUAGACCAGAUCGGCGUCUUCCAGUGCAUUUGCAUGCCAGGAUACGAGGGCGUUUACUGCGAAAUCAACACGGAUGAGUGCGCCAGCAGCCCCUGUCAGCACAACGGGAACUGCAUGGACAAGAUCAACGAGUUUGCUUGCCUGUGCCCCAUGGGAUUUAAUGGUCACCUGUGUCAGUAUGACAUUGACGAAUGUGCCAGCACGCCCUGCAAGAACGGAGCCAAAUGUGUGGAUGGACGAAACGCUUAUGUGUGUGAAUGCACCGAAGGCUUUUCCGGCACCCACUGUGAGACUGACAUCAAUGAAUGUGACCCCGAUCCCUGUCACUAUGGCACGUGCCGGGAUGGCAUUGCCUCCUUCACCUGCCUCUGUCAGCCUGGGUACACCGGGCACCGCUGCGAUAUCAACAUCAAUGAGUGCCAGAGCCAACCCUGCAAGAAUGGGGGCACCUGCCACGAUAGGAACAAUGCCUACACCUGCUUCUGCCUCAAAGGGACCACAGGACCCAAUUGUGAAAUCAACCUGGACGAAUGUGCUAGCAACCCGUGUGAUUAUGGCAAGUGCAUCGAUAAGAUCAAUGGCUAUGAGUGUACCUGUGAGCCAGGAUACACAGGGAAGAUGUGCAGCAUCAAUGUGGACGAGUGCGCCAGCAACCCUUGCCAUAACGGUGGCACCUGCCAGGACGGCAUCAACGGCUUCACAUGCCUCUGCCCAGAAGGCUUCCAUGACCCCUUGUGCCUGUCAGAAGUGAAUGAGUGCAGCAGCAACCCCUGCGUUCACGGGAAGUGCCACGACGGGCUGAACGGCUACAAGUGUGAUUGCGACCCGGGCUGGAGUGGGACAAACUGUGACAUCAACAACAACGAAUGCGAGUCCAACCCUUGUGUGAAUGGUGGAACCUGCAAGGAUAUGACCAGCGGCUACCUUUGUACCUGCCAGGAGGGAUUCAGUGGACCCAGCUGCCAGAUCAACAUCAACGAAUGUGCUUCCAACCCUUGCCUGAAUCAGGGGACGUGCAUCGAUGACGUUGCCCGCUACCAGUGCAACUGCCUUCCACCCUAUACCGGUCCCACGUGCCGGGACGUGCUGGCGCCCUGCGCGGACGGCCCCUGCAAGAAUGGCGGCAAGUGCAGAGAGUCAGAGGACUACGAGAGGUUCUUGUGCACCUGCCUUCCGGGGUGGCAAGGGCAAACUUGUGAGAUCGACAUCAACGAGUGUGUGAAGAGCCCCUGUCGCAACGGCGCCACAUGCCAGAACACCAACGGCAGCUACCGCUGCGUGUGCAGGCCUGGUUUCACAGGGGACAGCUGUGGAACUGACCUCGAUGACUGCCAGCCCAAUCCCUGCCACAAUGGGGGCUCCUGCUCCGACAGCGUCAACGCCUUCUCCUGCAACUGCCUGGCGGGUUUCCAGGGCCCGGAAUGUCAGGAGGACGUCGAUGAGUGCGCCAGCAACCCCUGUAAGAACGGAGCCAACUGCACAGACUGCGUUAACAGCUACACUUGUACCUGCCCAUCUGGCUUCAGCGGGAUCCAUUGUGAACACAACACUCCAGACUGCACGGAGAGCUCCUGCUUCAAUGGGGCGACCUGUGUGGAUGGCAUCAACACCUUUACUUGUGUCUGCCCACCCGGCUUCACCGGCAUUUACUGUGAGCACGACAUCAACGAGUGUGACUCCAGGCCCUGCUUGAAUGGCGGAACGUGCCAGGACAGCUACGGGACUUACAAAUGCACCUGCCCACAGGGGUACACGGGGCUUAAUUGCCAGAACCUGGUGCGCUGGUGUGACUCCUCUCCCUGCAAAAACAGAGGGACGUGCUGGCAGGUCGACAACCUCUACCGCUGCGAGUGCCCAAGCGGCUGGACUGGUCUGUACUGCGACAUACCGAACGUCUCUUGCGAGGUGGCUGCGCAGCGGCAAGGCCUCGACAUCGCCCGCUUGUGCAGGAACUCCGGGCUCUGCAUGGACAGGGGCAACACCCACUUCUGCCACUGCCAGCCUGGGUACACGGGCAGCUACUGCGAGGAGCAAGUGGACGAGUGCUCCCCAAACCCUUGCCAGAACGGGGCAACUUGCACGGACUAUCUGGGAGGCUAUUCCUGCGAGUGCGUGGCAGGCUACCACGGCCAGAACUGCUCAGAGGAGAUAAAGGAGUGCCUUUCCCACCCCUGCCAGAAUGGAGGAACUUGCAUCGAUCUGCUCAACACCUACAAGUGCUCUUGCCCCCGAGGAACUCAAGGCGUGCACUGCGAGAUCAACAUCGAUGACUGCAGCCCCCCCACGGACCCCAAGACCCUGGCCCCCAAGUGCUUCAACAAAGGGAGGUGCGUCGACAAGGUGGGGGGCUACAGCUGCGUCUGCCUGCCGGGCUUCGUCGGGGAGCGCUGCGAGGGGGACGUCAAUGAGUGCCUCUCGAACCCCUGCGACCUGCGGGGGACCCAGAACUGCGUGCAGCGAGUCAACGAUUACAAGUGUGAAUGCCGCCCGGGUUACGCCGGACGGCACUGUGAAACGGUAGUCAACAGCUGCCAAAAUAGACCCUGCCGGAAUGGGGGAACCUGUGCCAUUGCCAGCAACACCCAGCGCGGCUACAUCUGCAGGUGUCCUCCGGGCUUGGAUGGCGCCUCGUGUGAAAACGACUUGCGCAGCUGUGGGAUGCUGCGGUGCCUGAACGGCGGGACCUGUGUCUCCACCGCCAAGCAGUCCAGGUGCCUGUGCGCACCAGGCUUCACGGGCCCCGAGUGCCAGUUUCCCUCCCACAGCCCAUGCCACUCCGGCCCCUGCUACAACGGGGGCACGUGCCAGUUCACCAAGGAGCCGCCCCACUACCGGUGCGUCUGUCCCGUCAACUUCAACGGCCUCAACUGCCACAUCCUAGACUUUGAGUUCCCGGGGGGCCCCGGCCAGGACAUCACCCCUCCCCUCCUGGAGGAGCAGUGCGAAAUCCCGGGCUGCCCCAGCCUCGCGGGCAACAAGAUCUGCGACUUCAAGUGCAACAACCACGCCUGCGGGUGGGACGGCGGGGACUGCUCGCUCAACUUCAACGACCCCUGGAAGAACUGCACCCAGGCCCUGCAGUGCUGGAACUACUUCAACGACGGCAAGUGCGACGUCCAGUGCAACACCAGUGGCUGCCUGUACGACGGCUUCGACUGCCAGAAGAUCGAGCUGCAGUGCAACCCUCUCUACGACCAGUACUGCAAGGAUCACUAUUCCGACGGCAACUGUGACCAGGGGUGCAACAGCGCGGAAUGCGAAUGGGACGGCCUCGACUGUGCCAACAACGUGCCCGAGAAGCUUGCGGAGGGGACCCUGGUGGUGGUGGUGCUGACCAGCCCUGAGGUCCUGAGGAACAACUCCCUUAACUUCCUGCGGGAACUCAGCCGCGUCCUGCACACCAACGUGGUCUUCAAGAAGGACACCAAGGGCGAAUACAUGAUCUUCCCUUAUUUUGGGAAUCCAGAAGAACUGAAAAAGCACCGGCUCAAGAGGUCCACGGACAGCUGGCCAGAGGUGUCUGAAGUUGUGUUUGGGGUGAAGGCAGCCCUCUACUCGAGGGUCAGUGGGAGGCCAAAGAGAGAGCUGGACCAGGUGGACAUCUGUGGGUCAAUUGUUCACCUGGAGAUUGACAACCGCCAGUGCAUCCAGUCCUCUUCUCAGUGCUUCCAGAGUGCCACCGAUGUGGCAGCAUUCCUGGGAGCCUUGGCCUCAAGUGGAAACUUGGACAUUCUUCCCUACGAGAUCAAAGCCGUGAAGAGUGAAACCACCGAUUCUCCGAGGAGCAGCCAGUGGUAUCCUAUGUAUGUGGUGGUUCCGUGUCUCUUCCUCUUCCUCUGCAUCGGUGUCGGUGUCUUGGCAAGUCGCAAGCGGCGGAGGGAACAUGGGCAGCUCUGGUUCCCUGAAGGGUUCAAAGUGACUGAGUCCAGCAAGAAGAAACGCCGGGAGCCGCUGGGGGAGGAUUCCGUAGGGCUGAAACCCCUGAAAAAUGCUUCGAAUGGUACCCUGAUGGACGACAACCAGAAUGAGUGGGGAGACGAAGAGACGCUCGACACCAAGAAAUUUCGAGUAGAGGAACAGGUCAUGCUGCCCGAUGACCAGACUGACCACAGGCAGUGGACGCAACAGCAUCUGGAUGCGGCCGACCUGCGCAUUUCCUCCAUGGCCCCCACACCACCGCAGGGGGAGAUUGACGCAGAUUGCAUGGACGUCAACGUACGAGGGCCAGAUGGAUUCACGCCCCUGAUGAUUGCCUCCUGCAGUGGAGGAGGGCUGGAGACAGGCAACAGUGAGGAGGAAGAGGACACCCCUGCUGUCAUUUCGGAUUUCAUCUAUCAAGGAGCCAACCUGCACAGUCAAACGGAUCGCACAGGAGAGACGGCUCUUCACCUGGCCGCGCGUUACGCCCGCUCAGAUGCGGCCAAGCGGCUGCUGGAAGCCAGCGCUGAUGCCAACAUCCAAGACCACAUGGGCAAGACGCCGCUCCACGCAGCUGUGUCAGCAGAUGCUCAGGGGGUCUUCCAGAUUCUGAUCCGGAACAGGGCCACCGACUUGGAUGCCCGCAUGCAUGACGGGACCACGCCCCUGAUUUUGGCUGCCCGCUUGGCUGUUGAAGGCAUGCUGGAAGAUCUCAUCAGCUGCCAUGCUGAUGUCAAUGCCGUUGAUGAUCUAGGGAAGUCCGCCCUGCACUGGGCUGCCGCUGUGAACAACGUUGAUGCUGCCCUGGUGCUGCUGAAAAACGGCGCUAAUAAGGACAUGCAAAAUAACAAGGAAGAAACCCCCUUAUUCUUGGCAGCUAAAGAAGGGAGCUACGAAACGGCCAAAGUCCUCCUGGACAGCUUUGCCAACCGGGACAUCACGGAUCACAUGGACCGCCUGCCCCGCGACAUCGCCCAGGAGCGCAUGCACCAUGACAUUGUGCGUCUCCUGGAUGAGUACAACCUGGUGCGGAGCCCACCCUUGCACAAUGGGCCCCUGGGGGCGCCCACCCUGUCCCCACCGCUGUGCUCACCCAGCAGCUACAUGAGCAACCUGAAGCCGGGCCUCCAGAGCAAGAAGGCACGGAAGCCGAGCACAAAGGGGCUGAGCUGCAACGGGAAGGAGUCCAAGGGGCUCAAGGCCCCCCGGAAGAAGCCACAGGAGGGCAAAGUAUGCCUGCUGGACGGCUCCGGCAUCCUGUCACCGGUCGACUCCCUGGAGUCUCCCCAUGGGUACCUGUCGGAUGCGGCCUCCCCGCCUUUGAUGACGUCCCCCUUCCAGACCUCCCCUUCCAUGCCACUCAACCACCUGCCUGGCAUGCCUGACCCCCACCUCAGCAUCAGCCACCUCAACCUGGUGGACAAGCCGGAUCUGGGCCUGGGGGCCAACCAGAUGCAGCCGUUUGAGUCGGGGCCGCCCCGCCUGUCCCACCUCCCCAUCUCUGGCCCCGGCACCCUCCUGGGCGGGGCCCCGCUCAACUUCACUGUCAGUGGGAGCCAGUGCGAGUGGCUGAACCGUCUGCAGAGCAGCCUGGUGUCCGGCCAGUACAACCCGCUGAGGAGCAGCCUCUCGCAGGGCACGCACCCCACCGGCCAGGCCCUGCAGCAAGGGCUGCUGGCGCCCCUGCACAGCAGCGGCCUCCCCGGCACCGCCCUGCCCCCCAUGAUGGCCUACCAGCCCCUCCCCAACGGCCACUUGGUAGCCCCUCCCCAGCCGCACUUGCUGCAGCCGCAGCAGCUGCAGCAGCAGCCCCCACCACAAGCCCAUAGCGGGGCCACGAACAAUGCCCCCCAAGUGGGGGGGAACUUCCUCGGGAAGGAGCUGAGCCAGGCGGACCUGCAGCAGCAAGGGAGUGGCGGGGCUCUGGCCGUCCACGCCAUCCUGCAGCAGGACACCCAGGUGCUGGCGACCUCCCUGCCCCAGACCCUGACAGCCACCCAGUUCCUGACCCCGCCCUCCCAGCACAGCUACCCAUCCCCCAUGGACCACACGCCCAGCCAUCAGCUGCAGGUGCCCGACCACCCCUUCCUCACGCCGUCCCCAGAGUCGCCGGACCAGUGGUCAAGCUCCUCCCCACACUCCAACGUCUCAGAUUGGUCGGAAGGGAUCUCGAGCCCUCCCACCAGCGUGCAGCCGCAGGUGGGGCGCAUCCCGGAAGCUUUCAAGUAAGGGGGGCCCAAGCGGCACCCAGACAGCAGCCACAUGAGGUGGAGAGGCGCCACGGCUGGACUGGAGAACCCCUUUUCCUCCUUUUUGUAAAAAAAUAUUUUUGCAUUCUUGUAAGUGGAAAUGUCAAUGUGUUUCCCCCCCCCUUUUUUUACUAUUUAUUUAUGUACUACUUUUUCUUUUAUGUGAAAACACUGCCUUUUUAUUUAUAUGUUCUGUUAAGAAUCCCAUGGGCUGCAUUUACUAUUCCAAGAAAUAGAAAAUCUAUUAAUGGGGACUUUUUUUUUUUAAUUGAGGACAUUUUUUUCAAAAGAAACAUUUGUAUCGUGCUUUUGCCUAGAGAAACUCCCAUCUGUAAAGCUAUAAGCAAAGAUCCAUGAUAGUAAAAUGACCCGUAUUUAUUGAUCAGGAUAUUUUUCCUGUUCAUUUUUAAAACUGAAUAAAAAGGGGAAGGGCAAUUUUUUUUAAAAAAUGUACCUAUAUGAGGAAAAAUGAUAAUUUAAAUAUAAGUUGAUGGUUUAUUUUUAAAGAGUGCUUUAAAAUAUUCCCUUGGGGUUGAGGAUAUAGAUAUAUAUGUAUAUAUCAGCUUUUUGCAUCUGGAUAUUUCCAGACGUGUUAGAUUCCAAUCCCAGAAUUCCUAGCUAGCUUGACAGGUGGGAAUUCUGGGAAAUGGUAUUCAAUACAUAUGGGAAGUCCAAGGAUAUGGGAGGUUGAUAUAUGGAGUGGGAAAUAUUUUAGAAUUCUCACCAUGAAUCUCUGUAUUAAAGUUUCAGUAUUACAAGUUUAUCCAUCUUUUUGCAUGAAAGCUGAACUUGUUCCUUUAUUUAUUUUAAAUAUUGCCUAUGAUCAAAAAUCAGGAUUGGGGGUUUUAAGCUGCAAAUUGAAUUCCAGAUGCUUCCAUCCCUCUUCCUACCCCACAGAUGUGCCCCACCUGUUGCAAAUGUAAAAGGAACGAACAACCUCCACUGGGCCAAGCAUAGAAUAAGGGAGUAACAGCCUGUGUUUUUUAGUGAGGCAGUUGUGAUAAUAUCACAGUCUUGGGCAAUGUACUUAAGAACAACACCCUUCCUUUGAAGAAAACAAAAAGUUACAAAAAGAAAUACUAAAAUGACAGGAAUGGUUGAGGGUCUUUUGGCACACACAGCAGGAAGAUGGAGAAAUGCAAUCUCCAUGGGACUCCUGUGUGGGAGUGAGACCAUGUCAGCCCCAUCUGGAGGACGUUGCCUCCUAAACCCCACCAAGAGGCAGGGAUGGCAGCCGUUCACUUCUAUGGGAAGGCAAGAUUGGGGUCCUGCUUCAACUAACACUCUUCCUUGGCCUUUCAAGUUGACCUGCCUCCUACCUGCAGAGAGCCAAGUGGGUGUUGGCUGGGGGCAAUGGGGUCCAGUAGACCCACCACGUUAGAAAGAUGGUGGGCUGGGGAAGGCUGAUGUAGUGGAAGUUGGGAAUGAGAAGUAGGGGAAGUGGGUUCCCUGGGUUUCAAGGAUAAUCCCUUCUUCUGGAGACAGGGACCCUAGACAGAGAAUUAACUCCGCUUGCUGAAGUCCAGGGCAGAAGGUUCAAACUCUUCUGUCUGUUUCUUGGCCUCCAAAGCACAGGAGUGUGUCCUUUAAGUGGUGUGAUGGGAACUGGCAUGCCAGUGGGGUUCAACCAGAACGUUCAUGGGCUAGGUCAAUGUCUUGAGGCAGCAGCGUCCAGAACUUUAGGCAGUGUAGAUUAAAGGCGGGUUACCAUCCCUCAACCCAGCAGGAGGUGGUCGGAGAAGGCUGGACAUUGCUUCAAAUUCAGGGUUUCUAGAGGAGCAGAAAGGGAGUCAUUAGCAGGCUAGCAGCUGCAAGAAGCCACUUUUGAUGCAACUGGGAUGUGGCUUAGCAACUUCCAUGAGUUGACCACUACUUGAUAGUAUCAGCUUCUACCCAAUUCCAGAAUGCCAAUGUCCUUCCUUUAAUUGCUGGUGUGGGAUCCUUGAAAUUCUCAUUACAGAACUGCCAACAGAAAGCAGGGAAGUGAGUUUUUGUCCUCCACCCUGUCCAGCGAAAGAGCUUCCUACUUUUUAGGAUCGGCACCCUGUGUUUGCAAUGGACAUAUUCUCUUUUAGAGACCAGGAGAAUGGGGCCAGCAGGGCGGGCGGAGCAGCUGAAUUUCUAUACAAAUAAAUACAGAGAGAGAGUAUGCGCCUAUGGCAAAGCUAAUGUUUUGUAUAUAUGGGGUGGGUUUUUUUUUUACAUAAAAUGAUAUGGGUGGAUUUUGUUUAAAAAAUCUAAAUGAAAGAAAACAUUGCACUGGUGAGGGAUGUUGAAAAUAUUGCUCAAAAACAACAAAAACCAGGCUUAGCCAGUAAGAGUACAAACCUGUGCUUGUAUCCUUUGGACUGAAUUUAAAGGAACGGCCUUCUCAGUAAGCCAAGGUAGGACUGAUCUGUAACUGCGCUGGCAAUGCAUCUUUGGGCAAGAUAGUACCUAUUUUCAUGGACUGUAAUCCACAAGAGAAUGUUCUUCACGCUUUGGAUGGUGAAUACGGUAGCGCCAUCUCUUGGGAGCAUCUUCUGAUCAUCUCCCAAGCUCCUUUUUCGCUUGGAGAAGGACCUCUGGAGGACCCACCUCUUAGGAAACAGGGAAGUGCAGAUACUGGGCAUCUCAGCAGCGAGUGAUUUUUAAACACCCCUCUUGGUGUCAAAUCUUUUUUAUGUUUUAUAAAUUAGACUGUAGUUUAUAAGUUGGAGAUGUGGGAGAUCAAAAACAAGCAAACCUUCUGUAAUUAAAAAAAAAACACCUGCAAAAUUGUAGUUUGCAAAAAUGAUGCCUUUUAUUUUAUUUUGUUAAAUGAUUUGCAAUAAACUAUGCCAGUGGGCAUUUAGAAAUGUU